AUGAAGGAUACCACCAAGGACACCACCUCCAAGGAGACCAAGGGAUGCAGUCCCUUUGCCCAGGAUACCAGCAAGGCCACCAGCAAGGCUACCACCUCCAAGGAUACUGAGGGGAGAAGUCCCCUUGCCCAGGUUACCACCAAGGCCACCACCAAGGCUUCUACCGAGGCUACCACCUCCAAGGAUAUCGAGUGGUGUACUCCCCUUGCCCAGGUUACCACCAAGACCACCACCAAGGCUACCACCAAGGCUUCCACCAAGGAUACCACCAAGACUACCACCAAGGCUACCACCAAGGCUUCCACCAAGGCUACCACCUCCAAGGAUAUCGAGCGGUGUACUCCUUUUGGCGCGGUUACUACGAAGACUACCCCCAAGGCUACCCCCAAGACUACCCCCAAGGCUACCACCAAGGCUACCACCUCCAAGGAUAUUGAGGGGCGCAGUUCCCUUGCCCAGGUUACCACCAAGACUACCAUCAAGGCUUCCACCAAGACUACCACCAAGGCUACCACCAAGACUACCAUCAAGGCUUCCACCAAGACUACCACCAAGGCUACCAUCAAGGUUUCCACCAAGGCUACCACCUCCAGGGAUAUCGAGGGGCGCAGUCCCCUUGCUCAGGUUACCACCAAGACUACCACCAAGGCUACCACCAAGGCUUCCUCCAAGGCUACCACCUCCAAGGAGACCAAGGGAUGCAGUCCCUUUGCCCAGGAUACCAGCAAGGCCACCAGCAAGGCUACCACCUCCAAGGAUACUGAGGGGAGAAGUCCCCUUGCCCAGGUUACCACCAAGGCCACCACCAAGGCUUCCACCAAGGCUACCACCUCCAAGGAUACUGAGGGGAGAAGUCCCCUUGCCCAGGUUACCACCAAGGCCACCACCAAGGCUUCCACCAAGGCUACCACCUCCAAGGAUACUGAGGGGAGAAGUCCCCUUGCCCAGGCUCCCAUCAAGGUUUCCACCAAGACUACCACCUCCAGGGAUAUCGAGGGGCACAGUCCCCUUGCCCAGGUUACCAGCAAGACUACCACCAAGGCUACCAUCAAGGCUUCCACCAAGGCUACCACCUCCAGGGAUAUCGAGUGGUGUACUCCCCUUGCCUGGGUUACCACCAAGGCUACCACCAAGGCUACCAUCAAGGCUUCCACCAAGGCUACCACCAAGGCUACCACCUCCAAGAAUAUCAAGGGGCACAGUCCCCUUGCCCAGGUUACCAGCAAGACUACCACCAAGGCUACCAUCAAGGCUUCCACCAAGGCUACCACCUCCAGGGAUAUCGAGUGGUGUACUCCCCUUGCCUGGGUUACCACCAAGGCUACCACCAAGGCUACCAUCAAGGCUUCCACGAAGACGACCACCAAGGCUGCCACCUCCAAGGAUAUUGAGUGGUGUACUCCCCCUGUGCAGGUUACCACCAAGACUACCACCAAGGCUACCACCAGGACCACCUCCAAGGCUACCACCUCCAAGGAUAUCAGUUGGUGUACUCCCCUUGCCCAGGUUACCACCAAGGCUACUAGCAAGGCUACCACCAAGACUACCACCAAGGCUACCACCAAGACUACCACCAAGGCUACCACCAGGACUACCUCCAGGGCGACCACCUCCAAGGAUAUUGAGGGGUGCACUCCCCUUGCCCAGGAUACCACCAAGGCCACCACCAAGGGCACCACUUCCAAGGAUCUUGAGGGAUGA